GGACUGUGUUAGCACAAUGUGGUUCUAUUUAAUAGCGUUUUAUUUACUCACACAUAAUGUGCAAGCACAGUUUGGUGACCAUAAACAGUACUCCAGUUAUGUGACGGUCCGUGAAGGAGCCCAUAUGUUCUACUGGUUGUUUUAUACCACAGCUAAUGUAUCUAGCUAUGUGGAAAGGCCCGUGGUAGUGUGGUUACAAGGAGGACCGGGCGGUUCUUCGACUGGUAUUGGUAAUUUCGAUAUAUUAGGCCCACUUGAUUUGUCCUUACAAGAACGGAAUUAUACAUGGGUAAAGAAUUUUAACGUUGUCUUCGUGGAUAAUCCGGUUGGAACAGGAUUCAGCUACGUUGAUGAUCCUCAAUAUCUUACGACAACCAAUGAUGAGAUUGCUCUAGAUUUUGUUGAACUUAUGCGAGGUUUUUACCGAAACCAUCCCGAAUUUGAAGGUGUGCCACUUUAUAUUUACGGCCAGUCUUAUGGUGGGAAAAUGGCUGUAGAUAUGGGCAUUCGUAUGCGUGAGGCCGAAGAAGCUGGGACAAUCAGGUCAAAUUUAAGAGGCAUCGCUAUGGGCAACGCCUGGAUAUCUCCUGUAGAUGCCACACUCACCUGGGGUCCAAUCCUGCUGGCUGCCGGACUUGUAGAUCAAAGAGGGUACGAGAAUAUUCAAAGAUCAGCUCGGGAGGCUGAGAGGCUGUUCAACGAGGGUCACUUCUUUAACUCCACCGCUCAAUGGGGACUAACGCAAUCCCAGGUGUUUGCUGCAACUGAAAAUGUUGACUUCUACAACAUUCUUACGAAGAUGCCUUCUCGGUUCAAUUUUGGGAACAUUCAUGAAUUCUCAAGAGAUAUGAUGAUUCGUGACAUGGAAUAUAAUCCACAAAGAGACAUGUCAUUAGAAACAAUAAUGAAUACACUGGUGAAACCAGCUCUGGGUAUACCGGAGCACGUAGUAUGGCAAGCUUCGUCGCGCAUCGUGUUUGAUACUUUAAGACCAGAUUUCAUGAAACCUGUGACAGAAGGCAUUGAAAAGUUACUCAACGAAACGGAUAUAAUUGUAACAAAGUACAAUGGAAAUCUCGAUCUGAUUUGCAGCACGCCAGGACAGAUUCUGUGGAUGGAUCGUUUGAACUGGCCUGGAGCUGAAGGUUACAAAGCAUCUCCACGCAAUCCCAUAUGGGAGAAUGAUAGGUUGGAGGGCUACUACAAAUCAUAUGGAAACCUGCGAUUCUUCUGGAUAAAUGAUGCUGGCCACAGUGUCCCACGUGACAAUCCAUACGGCUCUAGGGCUUUCCUGCGAGACAUGACCACGUAUGGAUAGCUUAGAUAUUAAAAAUAAAUUAUUUUUUCGUUA